AUGUCCAAUGACAUGAUGAAGCGGCAGAAAAAAGCGCCUUGUGAAGCCCAGGAGACGCAGACGCAGGCCCAGCUGCCACGCAAGAAGCACGCGAGGCUAUUCCACAACAACUGCACGCGACUGGACCCCGACUGUGGCUAUGGGCCUCCUCCAACGAUCUUGGCCGGUGAAGGCGAUGCCGCCAAAGCAUCAAAUUGGCGGAAGCUGGAGCUCGAGCUGAUUUAUCGCUACAUCACAGUAACAGCCCCGACCCUCGCCGCGGAAAAAUUCGCCCAAGACUUCAUGGGCCCGCUGUUAUGCCGCAAGGCACUGCAAUUAGACGCCGUCCUCGACCGGCUCUGCAUGUUCUCGGCACUUCACAAGGGAUGCAAGCCGAAUUUCAGCGAGCCGCAACACAUGCAGCAUCUUUCCACGUAUCUCAAUCCUACGCUUCAGUCGUAUCACAAGCACGGGGCUCACCUCGACAUUGAUAACAUGGAUUAUGCUUGCAAGACUUCUACUACGCUUCGCAUCUACGGUUAUGUGCGGCUACAGCGGCUGGAGCCGCAGCCGUAUACGCCGCCUAUAGAAUGGCGGCGCAUGCGCAACACCAGCGACAUUGUGUUUCCUGAAGCUCUCGCCUUAGUUUGGAAAAUUCCCAACUCUCUGCCCGGAAAGCUGACGCUACCUAGAGGCAUCGCGACACUUCGCACCCUUGGCUGCUAUGGCUGGAUCUGGAAGCACAGAUUUGACAACCAUCCACCGCCUGGCAUGUCUCGAAGAUUCUAUCUCGUCUCAUUGAUAGUAGAUGUCCAGUCUGAGGAUUACGUAGAGACGAGGGGGCCGCGAUCGCUGGUGAUUCUUGCUCAUUAUUUCACGCUUCUGACUCUUCAACGCGAUUCUUGGUAUGUCGGAGAUGCUGGGUUCCGCGAGGCGGGUGCUAUUGCGGCCCAAGGUGCCGCUUAA